GCAGCCUUCCCAGUUCCUGUCCGGGUUCCUGAUGGAACUUUUGGAGAGAGAGGAUUCAGCCCAGAGUGUGGUGUACACCUUCCCGCACCUCACCAUCCAAGAGUUUGUAGCCGCACUCGCACAAUUCCUGACUGUAGAUCCCGGGAAUAUCCUGAAACUCCUGUCUGAAGCCCACAGCACGACAGACGGGCGAUUUGAAGUAUUUCUCCGUUUUGUCGCUGGUCUCUCCUCCCCACGGUCAGCUCGGGUCCUGGAGGAAUUUCUGGGUCCAUUUCCUAAUGAAACAACCUGCCGAGUGAUUGACUGGGUGAAGGAGGAGGUUAAACGUCAGAUUAGAAAUGCAGGCAGUGUGUAUGGUAAAAGGAGGCUCCUGAACGCACUGCACUACCUGUUUGAGUCUCAGAAUCCUGCACUGGCUCAGCAGACACUGGGAUCUGUGGAAACACUUUCAUUCAGCAACCUGGGACUGACCCCGAUUGACUGUGCAGUCCUGUCUCAUGUCAUCAGGCCCUGUGAUACAAUCAAACACCUCGAUCUGUUGAACUGCCGCAUUCAGAAUGAAGGUCUCCAGCGGCUGGGACCGUCUCUGCACAAGUGUCAGUACUUGGGAUUGGGAAACAACGACCUGGGACAUUCCGGAGUGAAACUGGUGUCUGCGGCUCUGAGGAACCCGAACUGUAAAAUACAGUCACUGGAGCUGGAACGUGUCGGUCUCACAGAUUCUGGAGCCGAGGAUCUCGUCUCCGCUCUCUGUACAAACCACUCACUGAGGGAGCUGGUGCUGAGCAACAACUCCCUCACAGACCGAUGUGUCCCUGCUCUCCGCCGCCUCAUACUGACCCUCUCCAGUCUACAGCAGAUCUGGCUGGAGGAGAAUAAGUUCAGUCCGACCGGGAAGAAGGAACUGAGGUCGCUGCAGGAACCCAGACCCGGACUGAGAGUGACCGUGUGAACAUCUCUGGGUGUAAACGUCACCUCCCUGGGGACCGGAAUAUUGUUGGCCGAUUCCCCGCCCUCCCCUUUGAACGGCCGCCCUCCCCUUUAAUCGGUGCUGCCCCCAGUGGGGGACAGGGGAAUUGCAGCUGGACCUGCAGGAUCCCGGAUGGAUGGUGACAUCAGCAGCAUUGUUCAAACCAAAGAUCCUAUAGGCCGCUCCUGCAAAAUGCAAUGGGCUGACGUGUAGUACGCAACGGAGCGGAACGUGGGCAUUGUUUUCGUCCAUUUCAGUAACCGGAACCUACCUGACCCGACCCGACUCGCAGUUUAAUCAACGUUGCGUGGGGACAGUUUGUGUGUGUGAUAUAGGGUUUGAUUCAUAAUUCUGUUAGUUCAUAAUUCUGUUAAUUCUUGUUAAAAUUUUUAUCUGGUAAUUUUCUUUUUUGCAGUUUUCCAAGAAAUUUGUGAGUUUGAUAUUGUCUGUUGAUGUUUUGGAUGUAUAUACAUUUUGAUCAAAUUGAGCAAAUCCUUUGUUAAUAUCUUUGGGUAGAGUUAUCAAUUCCCCUUUAUCUGACCUAAUUUUUGAAAUUAUAUGAUCUUUUUCGCGUUUUUUCAUUUGUCGUGUCAGCAGUUUAUGUGGCUUAUCACCGAAUUCAACAUUUUCUUGUUUUGUAAUUUGAAAUAAUCUAAUAACUCUUUCAGAUAAAGUUCUAUACAGUUUAAAUUUCAA